AUGAAUAUAAUUGUCUUAUUUGUGUUUUGUGUCGGUUUAGCUUCUGCUAAGAACAUACUGAGGUAUUCACUGGAGGAUGCUCGCGAUCACUUCGAAAAUUUUAUACAAGACUAUAACAAGGAAUACGAUGAAGAAGAGAAGGCAGUAAGGUAUGAAAUAUUUGUGAAGAAUUUGGAGAAGAUUAAUAGUCUCAAUGAGAAUAGUGAUGGUGCUGUAUUUGCUAUAAAUAAGUUUAGCGAUUUGACCUCUGAAGAAUUUAUUCAAAGACACACAGGAUACAUAAGGAGUAAUGUUAGUGGCGCUUGCAUCAAUAGUGGUGACUUGGACUUAAAGCCAGUGGAUGUACCUGAAGAAUUUGAUUGGCGUCAAAAAAGAGUAGUUACUGAAGUAAAAAAUCAGAUAUGUGGUUCCUGUUGGGCUUUUAGUGCAAUUGGUACGGUGGAAAGUGCUUACGCGAUCAAAACUAAUCAACUAGUGGACCUAUCAGAGCAAGAACUGAUUGAUUGCGAGAAAAAGUCUUAUGGUUGCAGAAGUGGAAACCCAGAAACAGCAUUAAAGUAUAUUCAAGAUAACGGGGCAAUGACCGAAGAUGACUAUCCCUAUGAAGCUAGAGAUGGCAUGUGUAGAUUAAACCCGCAGAAGGUUAAAGUUAGAGUUAAGAACUGUGUGAAAGUACAAGCCAAAGAAGAUGAAUUCGCAGAGAAAUUAUUACAAUUGGGCCCUUUGUCAAUCGUGGUUGAUGGUGAAACAGUACAACAUUAUAAUGGUGGAAUAUUGAAAGAAUGUCGAGGGAUAAAUAUCAAUCAUGCUGUACUGCUGGUUGGUUAUGGAAAAGGUGAGGAUGGAAAACCAUACUGGCUGGUAAAGAACUCUUGGGGUGCGGAUUGGGGUGAAAAUGGAUACUUCAAGAUGCCCAGAGGAGUAAACUGUGCCUUCGUCGCCGACCAACCACCACUAGGCGUUGUAAUUGCGUAAAGUAAAUAUAACAGUAAUCCUUUAUGACGUCAUAAAAAGCGAUAUUUCUUCUUGUAUAUCAAUGUAGUGUGUGAAACUAUAAAUGUUUGAUAUUUCUAGUGAGAAUCUUCCUUACAUUAAAUAUCUGCUUUGUUAACUUUAAUACAUUAAAUUGAAUUGAAAUCA